AUGGUAUUCCUUUGGCCAUGGCAUUUUGUCACUGUUUCUGAGGAGGAGAAGCUCCAUCGCAGGGAGUUACUGGACGUCCGGGGCGCCUUCGCGCAGUGGUCCAUCCUGAUAGUCAUUGUGAUCCUCCGAGUCAUCUAUCAAACCUGGAAGACCCCGUCUCAGACAGAAAAGAAGGCGAAAGCAUCCCGAGGACCGGUCUCAUGGUGGGACCGACCUCUGGUUGCGGGGUGGCUCGAAACUCGUCGGCAGUAUGCCCUGUGUUUCCUUUGGCUAUCAUGGCUAUUCGGCCUCUGUGUGUGGAACAGCGGGGAUGAUUAUCUCCACUUGACCAAGGCCCUGGGUCAUGUCGGUCUUUCUCAAGUUCCCUUGCAGAUUCUAAUGUCGCCCGCAGCGUACAUAUCAACUUCCAAGCCCUCGGCAGCAUCUAUAUUUUCGUUCAUCACCAAUGUUCCUCAGGGAACUCUUACCCCAUAUCACCGACUCUUCGGCCGUGUGGUCAUUUCGCCUUUGAUCUUCGGUCAUGCCACUCUCUAUCUCCUAUUCUUUGUGCAAAACAGUCACCCGGAAUUUGGGACGCUGUUGGCGAAGCGGGUGCGUGAUCUCGAUGUUCAGUGUGGUCUACUAGCCCUGUCUACAGCAAUCGUUCUGUUGCUCUUUGCCCGGCCUCGUGGUACCGCACAGAAGGGUGCAAGUAGGGUACGAGCUACUGUUGUGGCUGGGUCUAUGCAGGAUAGACGUCGGUAUUUCUAUUUGGUGCAUGUUUCGCUCGUGGUUGUGUUAUGUGGUGCGGCUUACUUCCAUGUUGCGCAAGCGCAGAGGUAUAUGGCUCAAUCAUUGGGUGCAUUUGUCUUGAAUGCGGUUGGCUCCUGGGUGGCCGUGCAAUGGGGAGGUCAAGCUUAA